AUGGAUAAUAUACUUGAUCAAUUUGAUCUAUUUUUUUACAGGAAUAUAGCUGACAGCAGGUUUAUUUCUGGGAGGACUGGAGCGCUCCAAAGCUACGGUUCAUCCAACCUUUUUAUAGUCAUAGCCCUCCUUUUAAUAUUUAUACGCCUGUUUCACCUAAUAACUGAGUACAAUUCAAUAUGGCAUAUUGCCAAGGAGCUCCAGGCGAACCCGAAAGCCAUUCACUUGAGCGGCAUGGCCGAGUACGCCGCCGAAAUUUUAGGUUUAUACUACAGUCACUUCACUCAGAUUCUAAGGUUUAAGAGGAAGGUCAAGCCCAUUCCCAUACCGAGAGUCCACAUGCCACUCGCCCUUAACCCCAAUUCUCUGAGUUUGGUCUACGAAAACCCACAAGAUGCGAAGAAGGGAUAUACUAACAACUUGACGGUCACCUUCGAGUUCGACUGCUUGAAAACGACCUUCGUUAGCGCCUAUUGGGGCGUUCCUCUUGAAAUUGUUCAGUCAGCCAUCAUUCCUAAGAGUUAUAAGAAGGAAUCCUUCGGUUUAUCCCUUUUGCACGACACCCUGUUAACUAAGGUGAAGAAGCUGCUGCGGAAGUUUCUGAUUCCCUUUUACACUGACCAGUGUGAGCUUCUUCUCGACCAGACUUCCGACAUGUGCGACAGCACUAAGAUUUCUGGCGACAUUUCACUGCUCUGCAACGAGGGGAACUUCUGCUCAUCCGAGCCUAUUUGUUUCAACUCCGGCUCGAAGAUCAGGUGCACCUUAAAGCCUACCCUCGACCACAUUGAAGUUGACGGCAACAGCAUUUCAACGUGGUCGGCUCUGUCCUCCCAAGAGGAGCUUCUUCAGAAAAGAAUCCCCUUGGUCAUUGUCCUAUACACUCCGAGGACGCAGGAACCUAGGGUUUUCAGCGAGGGCGACGUCGAGAGUCACCAGGGGUACGCCGAGAUUACUCUCGUCAGAUUCAGAAUUCCCAACGAGCUCAUCAUGCCGUUCGUCAAGAGCCCCAAAAUGUCACCCAAGAUUUUAAAGCAGGUGGUCUUCUGUGGAGACUACCUUUGUCCUCAGGAGCCCCGGGACAUGUUCGGCAUGGGCGACGUGCGGGACAAGGAGUGCCUGAUCUGCAUCGCAAACGAAAUGGACACUGUGCUGCUUCCUUGCGGCCACGGCUCCUUCUGCUCCAAGUGCCUCUACGGCCUCCGCAACGACAAGUGCCCUGUCUGCAGACGCAACUUCUACUCGUACGUAAAGUUCCCACUGAAGGACGAGGUCGCUUGA